AUGGCGUCCGCUCGCAGCGCUCAUCUCCUCCUCACCAUCUCCAUUCUGCUGCUCCUACUCUGUCCUCUAACACGCGCAUUCCCACUGCCAUCACCACCUUCUGCGUCGUCAAACGCCGCCUCCCCGUCGCCGCCUCCUCCGGUGCCGCCGCCGCUACCGCGAGGCCUACCACGGAUCAUACCGGCGUGGUCGCUGCCCGUGAACCCGUUCACGGCGAAGGCGGCGUUCAUCCGGUACUGGAACAGGAAGGUGCGCGGCAACCACCCACACCCGGCCUUCCUCUUUGCCAAGCUGUCACCGCUCUCGGCGCCAGACGCCGCCACGUUCUCUACGCUGGCCUCCGCGGGCAAGCUCGCCUCCCGCAUCCGCGACUUCUGUGCCGCGGCGUCCCUGCUCUGCCCGUCCACCCCCGCGGCGUCCUGGUCGGCGGCGGCGUCCACGUCCGUGGAUGGUGCCGCCGCCGCCGGAGGCGGCGGCGCUGCCUCCGCCGCGCCGUUCAAGAACUACGAGAGCGGGAACUUCAGCAGCUACGGCAACAGCGGCGGCGGUAGCUCUGACCAGUUCGCGGUCUACUCCAGUGGGAAGAGCGGACCCGUUGACUCGUUCAAACGGAAGGGCUCGCUGGGACUAGGGAUGAAAACGGUCGGAAACGGUAUUACAAUCAGAAAUUCAAUCUUGAAAUUUCCGUACAUCGUUCCUGUAUUUGUUCGUUGUCAGAAAAAGAUUUUCUGUCAUUUGGAUAAAAGAGAAAAGGAUGAUUCAUCUGCUGGGUAUAUUCACAUUAGAGUUCAAUGCAGUGUCCAUAAAAGAUUUGGUUGGUGUAAUGAACAGGAGGCUGAGUUGCUUAUAAACAUCGAGGAGCAUGUUCUUGAUCCUAAGCAUCAGGUGCUCACACAUGAGGAGAAGAAAACGCUAUUGGAGCAGUACACCUUAAAGGAAACUCAGAACGACGACUUCGCCAACUACGAGGAGGGGGGAAACGUCGGCACCUCCAGCUUCAACUCCUACACCACCGGAGCCACCGGCGGAGCCGGGGAGUUCGCCGGGUACGCUGGACAGGCCAACACGGUGGCGGUGACCUUCGCCACCUACGACAACACGGGCAACGGCCGUACGCACGAGUUCACGGCCUACUCGCAGGACGCCAACUCCGGCGUGCAGAGCUUCACUGGCUACGGCAAGACCGCGAACGGCGCAGGCGAGUCCUUCAAGACCUACGGGAACAACUCUAACACCGUCGCGUCCGGCUUCAUCAACUACGGCGAGAAGGCCAACGGCUUCAACGACACGUUCGCCUCCUACGGCCUCGACGGGAACGCGCCCCAGAACACGUUCCGGAGCUACGCCUCCGGCAGCAAUGCGGGCGUCGACGAGUUCAAGGCGUACAGGGACGAAGCCAACGUCGGCGACGACAGCUUCACGUCGUACGCGAACAACGCCAAUGGUGCGGCCGCCGACUUCGACAGCUACGGCAAGUCGACCAACCCUGCGAGCGUGGCGUUCAAGGGGUACGACCAGGGCUCUAACCCCAACCACCGCAUCGGCUUCACGCAGUACUCCGGCAAAAACACGACGUUCAACGCCUACUCCAACGAAGGCGUCGAGUUCAAGGAGUACCAGAACAUGUCAAAGAUGGAGGUGUCCAAGACGGCCGCAACGGCGGUUCCUGGGCACCGGUUGCCCAAGUGGUCGCCGGAGCCAGGGAAGUUCUUCCGGGAGCGGGACCUCAUGAUGGGCAACCGAAUGCCAAUGCCGGACAUCGCCGACAAGAUGCCGCACCGCGCGUUCCUGCCGAGGGACAUUGCCACCAAGAUCCCGUUCGAGGAGAACGCCGUGUCAGCGCUGUUCGGAGCGCCGCCGGGCACGUCAAUGAGGCAGGUGGUGGCGUCGACGGUGGCCGAGUGCGCGCGACCGCCCAGCCAGGGCGAGACGAAGCGGUGCACGACGUCGGCCGAGGACAUGCUGGACUUCGCGGUGGAGAUGCUGGGCAGCAACAUCGCGGUUCGCAGCACGGAGUCCACGGCGGGUAGCGGCAGGUACGUCCGGCUUGGCAAGAUCACGGGCAUCGCCGGCGGCAGAGUGACGCGGUCCGUGUCGUGCCACCAGAGCCUGUUCCCGUACCUGGUGUACUACUGCCACUCGGUGCCACGGGUCCGGCUGUACGAGGCGGACAUCCUGGACGUGGACUCCAACCGGAAGAUCAACCAUGGCGUGGCCAUCUGCCAUCUCGAGACGUCGGAUUGGAGCCCCAAUCACGGGGCGUUCGUCGCGCUCGGUGGAAAACCUGGUCAGAUUGAGGUCUGCCACUGGAUCUUCGAGGGAGACAUGGCUUGGACCCUUGUUGAUUGA